AUGAUUUACGGCGGAAGUUUGUCGACGCUGUCCAGUACGCCAUUGGGCGGCCGUGAGUACUGGCCAGUUUCGCCACCGAGCGUUAUUCCACCCAACCACCGGAAGUCCGGAACACCGGAACGCCACGUAGCCAGCACGAAUUUAAAUCGGAAAUCCCCAGACCAAACGAUCGCCAGCUCGAUCGUGCAACGCGAAUCUCCCAAACCCUGGGGCCAAGCAGCAGCAGCAGCAGCAGCAGGAGUAUCAUCAUCAUCAUCGGAUUCCAAUGGCGAUAGUGAGAGUGUGACGGCACUGCUGCAAGAUUCUACCCACCCCCCUUAUAAUGCCGAUGCUGGCGGUUAUGAUGAUGGUAAUGAAGCUGCGAAUCACGCUGACCAUAAUGACGCCCGGUCCGGCUAGGAAGA